AUGGCCGAAUCCCAGUCCUGCCCCAAGGAGGUGUCGGAGAAAAGUGCUGUCCCCCUUGAGGAGCAGCCUGUGGAGCUUGCAGCUCUUGAUGAGACCAAGAAGGGUCGCUGGGAACGCAGUUGGCCUACUAUUGCCUGUGGUGCUGGUCUGUUUUCCGAUGGCUAUUUGAACGCAAUUAUUGGUCCUGUCGGUACCAUGCUACAACAGCUCUAUGGAGAGGCAUAUACCAACUCGACCGCCCAGCAGAAUGUGUCCUCGAUUGUUUUCGCUGGCACAGUUGUAGGCAUGCUGAUCUUUGGCUACACCAGUGAUCACUGGUCGCGCAAGUGGUCUUUGAUGAUCUCAACCAUCAUUCUGUUUGUCUUUGCGGCUCUCGGUGCUGGCUCUUAUGGAGCUGGCGGUAGCUUGGGAGGUAUGCUUGCUGCUUUGACAGCCUAUCGGUUCUUCCUAGGCAUUGGAAUCGGCGGAGAAUACCCUGCGGGAUCAGUCGGCGCUGCUGAAAAUACUGGCGAGCUCAAGAGCGGCCAUCGCAAUCGCUGGUUCAUCAUGUUCACCAACUUCCAGAUUGACUUCGGUUUUGUGGUUGCUGCUUUGGUGUCCAUGAUCCUUGUUCUGAUUUUCACCGAAGAUCAUCUGCGUGCUUGCUGGCGUGUAGCUCUGGGACUGGGUGUUAUCCCCCCUCUGAGUUUGAUGUAUCUCCGACUGAAGCUGGAUGAGCCCGAGGAGUUCAACCGGGAGCGCAUGCACAAAUUCCCAAUCUGGCUGAUUAUCAAAUUCUAUUGGAAGCGCUUGACUGUUGUUUCUGUGAUUUGGUUCCUUUACGAUUUUUCGGCCUACAGUUUCUCUAUCUACUCUUCAGCAUGGCUAAGCAUCAUCUUAGGCAAGAACGCUCCUUUGUGGAAGAGUUUCGGAUGGUCUACCGUUGUCAAUUCUUUCUACAUUCCCGGCUCAGCUCUUGGAGCCUUUGUGAGUGACUGGAUUGGUCCCCGCUACACCCUCGCUCUUGGAGUUGGGCUGCAAGGUGUUAUCGGGUUCAUCAUGGCUGGAUGCUACAAGUGGCUUGCGACUCCAGAGAACGUUGCAGCUUUUGUUGUCGUCUUCGGAAUCUUUUCUGCCCUUGGCGAAAUGGGACCUGGCGACAAUAUCGGUCUCUGUGCCGCCAAGACCAGUGCAACUGCCAUCCGUGGUCAAUACUACUCAUAUGCUGCAGCUAUUGGUAAGAUCGGAGCGUUCGUGGGCACCUACGUUAUUCCAGAAAUUCAAAAGAACGCGCCCAACGCGAUUCGCGCGGGCCAGGACCCAUUCUUCGUGUCCAGCGCGUUGUGUCUCCUGGCUGCAUUCAUGGCUAUCUUCAUGAUGCCCCAGAUCAACCAGGACACUAUUACCUUUGAGGAUGCCAGAUUCCGCGACUACCUCGAGGCCAAUGGCUACGACACUUCCACAAUGGGUAACCAGAACCGCCAGCCCAACACUCUUGGCCAAGAGUAA